GCCGCCCGCCGCCCGCCGCCCCCGGCCCGCUUCUCGGCCUCCCGGAGCGCCUGCACCCCCGGGCUCGCGCUCGCCCCCGGCUCCUCGCCCUCGCCCGGCGCGACCGGAGGAGCCUGGCCCCGGAGCAGCCGCCGGCCCUGCCCGACGCGGCGCGAUGAAUGAUUUUGGAAUCAAGAACAUGGACCAGGUGGCCCCCGUGUCUAACAUUUACAGAGGGACGCUCAAGCGCCAGCCAGCCUUCGACACCUUCGAUGGGUCCCUGUUUGCUGUUUUCCCCUCCCUAAGCGAAGAGCAAACGCUGCAAGAAGUGCCAACAGGCUUGGAUUCCAUUUCUCAUGACUCGACCAACUGUGAAUUGCCUCUCUUAACCCCGUGCAGCAAGGCUGUAAUGAGUCAAGCCUUGAAAGCUACCUUCAGUGGCUUCAAAAAGGAGCAGCGUCGCCUUGGCAUCCCCAAAAACCCCUGGCUGUGGACUGAGCAACAGGUGUGCCAGUGGCUUCUCUGGGCUACCAAUGAAUUCAGUCUGGUCAACGUCAAUCUGCAGAGGUUCGGCAUGAAUGGCCAGGUGCUGUGCAACCUGGGCAAGGAGCGCUUUCUGGAGCUGGCACCUGAUUUUGUGGGCGAUAUUCUCUGGGAGCAUCUGGAGCAGAUGAUCAAAGAAAACCAAGAAAAGACAGAAGAUCAGUAUGAAGAAAAUUCGCACCUCAACUCAGUUCCUCCUUGGAUUAAUAACAACUCCUUAGGUUUUGGCGUGGAGCAGGCGCCGUAUGGCGUGCAGACGCAGAGUUACCCCAAAGGCGGUCUCCUGGACGGCAUGUGUCCCUCGUCGUCAGCACCCCGUGCGCUCGGCUCUGAGCAGGACUUUCCGAUGUUCCCCAAGUCUCGGCUCGACACCAUCAGCGUCAACUACUGCUCCGUCCCUCAGGACUUCCCGGGCAGCAGCCUGAACCUGCUCGCCAGCGGUUCUGGGAAGCCCGGAGACCGCGACCCCCCCGAGAACGGCGCAGACAGCUUCGAGAGCUCCGACUCGUUGCUGCAGUCCUGGAACAGCCAGUCAUCGCUGCUGGAUGUGCAGCGAGUGCCUUCCUUCGAGAGCUUCGAAGACGACUGCAGCCAGUCCCUCUGCCUCAGUAAGCCGACCAUGUCUUUCAAGGAUUACAUCCAAGAGAGGAGUGAGCCGGUGGAGCAAGGCAAACCAGUUAUUCCUGCGGCCGUGCUGGCCGGCUUCACCGGCAGUGGACCUAUCCAGCUGUGGCAGUUUCUCCUGGAAUUGCUCUCCGACAAGUCCUGCCAGUCGUUCAUCAGCUGGACUGGGGACGGAUGGGAAUUCAAGCUGGCUGACCCCGACGAGGUGGCCCGCCGGUGGGGAAAGAGGAAAAAUAAGCCCAAGAUGAACUACGAGAAGCUGAGCCGGGGUUUACGCUAUUACUACGACAAGAACAUCAUCCACAAGACGUCGGGGAAGCGAUACGUGUACCGCUUCGUGUGCGACCUCCAGAACUUGCUGGGGUUCACACCCGAGGAGCUGCACGCCAUCCUGGGCGUCCAGCCGGACACGGAGGACUGAGGCCACGUGAGGCUGUGUGUGAGUGGGGCCAUCCUGACCCACUGGGCUCCCAGGACCCUGAGAGGCGGGAUUGAACACAUCCAGGAAAGUCCCCAAGAAGCAGUGGCCUUAUUUCAUCUGAAACUGUGGCUCUUCACCCCGAGCAGCGUGGCUGCUCACUUCUGGAGCCCGCUGAUGGCAAAACGCUGUGUAUGAUGCUAUUACAUUAAAAUGGCCGAGAAGGAAGCGCGGGGCAGCCGUCCUGGCUCCGGCGGGCUCUUGAGACAGGAUCGUUCAGGCUGUUAGGUCUUCUCCGGGGUUUGAGCGUGUCGCGGACACGCACCUGUUUUAUUUUCUUUUGCCUUUUGCAACAUGGAACCGAAGGUGCAGAAGGGGUCUCUUUGUUUCAGAAGGGUAGGAGGGGGCGAGGAAACAAUCAUGCCAUUUCAGAAGGUCAUCUGUAUAUAUGAUUGUAAUCUUAUAAUUGUUAUCAAAAUCCUCUAACAGUCCUAUUUAACAGAAAUUGUAUAUUGUAAUUUAAAAUAAUUAUAUAACUAUAUGUGAAAUAAGAAUGCAGACAUCCAAUGGUUAUUUCAUUUUCCAAGAGCACAUAAGGCAUUUUGCAAACAUUGAAUCUGCCCAGGGCAGACUAGGAGAAGUUGUAAAAUGUGUAUUAUUUACAUUUAAUAUGCCUACAGGAAUAUGUCGGAGAGGGUUAAUCCCUGUUUCUGUUGUUUUGUUUUGUUUUGUCUGGGUUAUUAUCUGGCAAAGACUUUGUACAUUUGGGAAUUUUUAUAAGAAACUUAAUGUUAUUAUCUGGGGGCACAUUGGCCCCUGUGCUUUCUCCUUUAAUUGUAAUGUAAAAGCUAUAAAGCGGUAUUUUUCUUGACAAAUGGCAUAUGUUUUCCAUUUCUAUGCAUGCAUUUAAAUCAGUUUAUACAAAAAACUUAUUUUAUUUUUUAGUUCGACCCUGUUUCCCCAACAACCUACCUCCCGCACCCGCCAUUUCCUCCCUGUGCCCCACCUCCACACCCCACAUCAUUCUGUAUGAUGAAAAUAAGAAUACUAUUUUUGGAAAUAUGCGACUCCUUUUCAGAGACCAGGAGGGAUUUAUGUAGCAGCUAUUUUUACUGCAAAAGUAAUUCACUGGAAAAAAAUGUAAUUUGUAAGAAAGCUUUAUUUUUAUCUCAGCUGCGUGUAAAGUGAAAUAUAUGGUGCAGCGCUGAAGGCUCGGGGGGAGGCGCAGUCUUUCUUAAAUGCCUUGGACACGAGUGAAGCAUGCUUCGUCCCCUCCGUGUUCACCUGUGAAGUCCUCGGCCGUCUGGAGCCCACGCUGUUCCUCUCUCCUCAGCGUCCACAGCAAAAGAGUUUUUGUUUUUUUGGUUUUUUUAUUGGAUGCAGAAUGCCCAGAGGCAUAGAGAGUAAACAAGAUGAGAAAGAAUGCAUUGGAAUAGCUCCUCUGAAGAAAAGGUUUUGAUUGUGAUCGAGACUUUUGUAGUGGUUUCGAAGGAGCACGCUGGCCCCAGUGUAUUCCUGGCCUUUAUACGCCAUCAAGUCAAGUUGGUGUCAAAGUCAGACACGCUUCACUAGCAGUGUGAGAGGACACUCGGACCGGUGGCUGCCAUCUGUACAGAAGAAUCGUCCGUGGAGUGAGAUCAAGGGAUUGGGGGUAGGACCAGCUGGGAGAGCAAAGCCGAACUGAGACAAUUUGUCUCAAUACCCACACGAGACGAUUUCCAGUAUCUCAGCACAGGAUGUUUUUCUCAAGCAGGCCCUGUUUAUCUCUCGGACAUCUGUUUAUAACAUCAACAGACAUGCGACUGGGAACAUCUUGUUGCUGAAAGAAGUCAUGAACCAUUGGCUCAUUUUAUAUGGGCUCGAGCCACAUGAAAUUGCCAAUAUUUGACUUUUUUAUCUACGAAGUUGGCAGUUUUGUGUGGUCCAACCUAAUAGUUAUGGAAUCUGAAGUCCAGUAUAAACCUCUGGCGUGGUAAUGAACAGGACUUAAGUAUAAAAAUUUUGUAAUUGGGCCUCUUCUUUCUCAAAUAAUAAAGUAUUUUGUUUAUAUAAA